GUGGUGUUGGACGGAUUGAGGCGCCCGGCGGGAGAGCCGUUAUCUUCCGUUCGUUUCCCUUCCCCCCUUUUAGCCGGUAACAUGUCGGAUAAAUACAUAGGAGACUCACACCUGGAAGAGACCGGCGAGGAGAAGCAGGACUCCCAAGAAAAGGAAGCCGUGACUCCCGAAAAAGCAGAGGAGCAAAAACUGAAAUCCAAAUACCCUAAUUUAGGACAGAAACCUGGAGGUUCAGACUUCCUGAUGAAAAGGCUUCAAAAAGGACAAAAGUACUUUGACUCAGGUGACUACAACAUGGCAAAGGCCAAGAUGAAGAACAAACAGCUGCCGUGCGCAGGGCCAGACAAGAACCUGGUAACCGGAGACCACAUCCCUACGCCACAGGAUCUUCCGCAGAGGAAGUCUUCACUGGUGACCAGCAAGCUAGCGGGGCAUGUCGAGGACUUGCACCACGUCUAAAGACAGUGACGCGGAUAAACAGUGGUGCUCCCCGGACGCUAUUGUGUCGGUCGACAGAGCGAACAAAGCGAAAACCUUUCGAGGCGGACAAUCACCACUCCACUUGUCGAGGAAGGCCUUCUUGCAUGGAAAGGAGCACCCAUGCACCCGCUGAACUUUAUAACUAGAACGUGUAAGAUAAUAGAGUUUGUGAAAUCCACCACAUCUCAUGGGUGGACGUACAGAGGCUCCAGUCCUCCCGGCUCGUGAUUUAUUUCGAAGCUCUCUCGGAAAGAGUCGUGUGACCCAUCUCCAUCACUGCCCUGAUUUAGGACUUCGUUACGUGGCCCAGACCACUAGCCAAAAGCCAGUCCAAGAUGGGGUUGUAUUAACUACUGUAAACGGGGAGGUUUGCCUAGACUUUUAAGCAUGGGGUAUAGCAAAUUAGGGGACACUCCUCUAUCCCAGUUGAAAAAUAUAAUAAAUAGACUCUUGAGAAGGUUUGCUAAAUGCGAUACAGUGAGAAUAACCGAAAAAGAGGCUCUGUAUUUCACUUAGCAGAUAUUACAUGGGAAAAUCUGCUCUGGUGCAGGCUGCACUGUUGUGCCGACUGCCCAAGCUCUAUUGUGCGUUAUUAUUACCCAAUGUGCAUAUGCCAAGGACUUCCAAUGGAGACCAAACCACCAUGGGAUUUCCGAUUGCACAGAAAUAGUAGCUAGUGAGAGCAAUACUCUCGUUUAAAAAUCAUUGACCUUUGCAGUCACAUAAACAGGUGCCUGUAG